AUGAACACCACCUUAGACUGCGAGACCUUCAAAGAGUUCUCGGCCAUCAACGAUGCGGCGAACCACACGCAGCUGUUCAUGGAAUGCCCCGAGCUCUGCACCGUCGCAUUCGGCACAGGAAACCCAGAUCUUGGAGGAAUCGGGCUCACAAGAGAGGUCGCAGUUGACGGGUACGAGGACGACGAAUGGGGCUUCGGACAGGUUUUGGCUGUCUUCGCGUGGGCGCCGACUCUGACUGAAUGGACCCUCUGGCUUUUUAGGGUGACAAUAAGACAUAGGGAAGAUUCCUGGAGGUCCUGGGACGAAAUGAAGAGGGCUUUACGAAAGUGGCAAAUGGGUGAUUUGGAUGGCCAUGGCCACGAUUCCCGGCCCCUUGGGAAUGAGGACGACACCGAACUCGAGGAGAUCGGAUCGGGAGGCCGUGCCGAUGUUACGAGCAGGCCGCACGAUUUGGAGAUAGGGAUCAAAUCUAUCAACGAAAAGAUUCGGAGAGUCGAGACAUGGUGA